AUGGAGGUUGGCAUUGAGGACUGCCUGCACAUUGAGUUCGAGUACGACCGGGCCAAGUACCACCUCAAAGACUGCGUAGUGGGCAAGAUCUACUUCCUGCUGGUGCGCAUCAAGCUAAAGCACAUGGAGCUGGAGAUCAGGCGGCGCGAGACCACGGGGGCCGGCACCAGCGCCCACAACGAGAGCGAGACCAUAGCCAAGUACGAGAUAAUGGAUGGCGCGCCCGUGAGGGGCGAGAGCAUACCCAUACGGCUGUACCUGUCGCCCUACGACCUCACGCCGACGUACAACGCCGUGCACAACAAGUUCAGCGUGAAGUACUUCCUGAACUUGGUCCUGGUGGACGAGGAGGACAGGCGGUACUUCAAGCAGCAGGAGAUCACGCUGUACCGCGGGGCCGAUGACGUCAUCGCAGCGGCGGCCGCGGCGCCGCGGCGGAUGUCCAACUCGGGGGCGGCCGCGGCGGCGGCGGCCGCGGCGCCUGCGAAGGACAAGGAGGAGGAGAAGGCAGCAGCGGAUGGUAGCGGGGCGGCGGGAGAGGCGGCUGCCGCCAAGGCUGAGGCGUAA